GCAGCCUGGAAACUACCAGGUGACACCUAGGCCGGUGGCCGGCCCCUCCUCUCUGGGGAGAGGAAGCAGGAACAGGUGGCUGUGAGAGGCAGUGGGGAGACCUGCUGAGCAGCGGUGGCUGGAGUCCCAGCUAGGAUGGGCUCUCUGUGGGCCCUGGCUCUGCCCCUUCUCUGCUGCUGCUGGGAGGCUGGCGCCCCUGGGAGCUCUGCAGUGGGAGACACCAGAGAACAAGCUGAGGACCUGGGGCCUCCCCAUGACACCCCAAUAGAAGUGACUGCAUGGUUCUGGACCUCCUUCAAGUCCUGGGAUACAUUUGGGGCAGUAGAUUUCGGCGCCAGCACCCAUGGACCAAGCCCUUUGGUGACAAUGAAUCACGCAGAAGUGCCUGCUGUGACUCUGGGAGUCAACACAAGCUUAGAGGGAGCCUCCAAGACCACCGACCUUGCUCAAGCCUAUGUGCCAAGUCACAGCCCUUUAGAAACUCAAACCCUGGGCACUCAGACCAUGGAUAAGACCAUACUCCCAGCCAGCACCAUCUCAGAAGCAAAGAUCAGGGAAAUCCAAACCGUAUCUCCUGCAACAGAGACCAGAGCCCUCACAAAAAUAACACCUCCCAAGUCCAUGUCUGUGGUCACUACUUCUAUGGAGACAUCAGACACAAGUGACAGCCCCUCAGGAACUGGAAUGACCACAGUUGCGACUGUGACAGAUGGUGGUCUCUCGGAAGCUGUCUUUGACACCCUUUGUACUGAUGACAGCUCUGAAGAGAAGAGGAUCACCAUCGAUGCCUUGACGUUGGCUCAGACCUCUGCAGAAGCCAGGGCUCUGGCCUUGGAGAGCAACUCAGCUUCAGAUAUCACCUCACAAGCCCAGCAGCCUGACAUCCCUGUUCCACACAAAGCCUUGGUCACCUACAGGAUCACCAACAUUGAGGCUACUAAUUGCAACAUUGUAGAAAUAGAAGAAACUGCCAUCCUUCCUGGGACCUUAGGCAUCGACCACAGCCCCACAGGAGGAAAGACCCCGUCCGCCCCUGAGACAUCAGCUUUGCCUGACUUCACUAAAGCAAAACCACACCUCACCAGGACCACACACCCUUCUGAGGCCUCGUCAACUGACAGCACCACAGAAUCAGCGGAGACCCCACAUGCUGCCAACAGCCUUACCGGAGAAAGAGCAGCAGCUGAGGCCACCACCCCCAGUGGAACUUCGGUGAAGAAACCCUUGGGAGAAACCUCAGCCCCCUCUGUUGAGACAACAAGCCACGCUGAGGUCUUAGGAGCAGUUACAAGUUCCACGGAGGCUGGGUCAACAGCGGGCAGAGCAACUUCCUGUGCUGAGUCCUCAGCCACGGGCUACAGCCUCUCAGAGGUAGCCACCAUCAAGGAAUCUACUGGCUCAGAGACUUCUACCACAGACAGCACAACCAGUGGGCCCGUUCCCAUCAGCAGGAGUCCUCUUCCUUCUGUCCAUCUGGCUGCAGCCAACAGCAGCCAAGAAACAGACAUCACCUUAGCCGAGACCACAGCCUCAGCAAAGACCUCGAGGACAGCCAGCAAGGCAGGAGGAAAGUCCCCAACAGCCACACCCACCGCUGCUUGGACCACAGGAGUUGCUACAGGCGGGGAUGAAGGUUUCCUCCUCCUGAGACUGAGGGUGGCCUCCCCAGAAGACCUCACUGACCCCAGAGUGGCAGAGAGACUGAUGCGCCAGCUCCGCCAGGAACUGCACACCUACCUGCCUCCCAUCCAAGUCUCUCUGCUGCGUGCCAGGAGGGACUAGAGAGCAUCGGCUGUAUGCCAAGAGGGGGCAGUGCUCCCUUUAUCUGGAAUCCACUACAGACUGGAGCCCAUUGCUGUGCCAAGAUGUACAUGAAGGUUCCCAUGGAGGUCAGCUCGCCUAAGCUCUUACCCCAGGCAUGGCUGCGGGGCCCUGGCUCACAUAUGCCCGAGUGUAUCCAUGUGGUGGGUGGGGUUUCCCCUGUUCCAUGCGCUUGGACUUACCACUGCACAUAGUUGUUUUUCAGUAAAGAGUGACUGAUCACCCAAACUGUCAUCGACUGGGGGCGUCCAUCCUACAAUAAAAUUACACUCGGUGUGGCCCAG